AUGAUGCAACUACCACAUCGUUAUGCAUAUCACGCCCAUAAAACAGCUUGGUGUCGCGGUCGGUCAAUGUCGAUAUCGACGAAGGACAACUUACCUCUCGCAGGCGUGCGUGUAUUAGAAAUGGGUCAGCUGAUAGCUGGCCCAUUUGCUGGUCAAUUACUUGGCCAAUUCGGGGCUGAAGUCAUCAAGAUCGAGCCGCCUAAUAUUGGCGACCCCCUCCGUGUCUGGCGCGAACUAGACGUCGACGGCACUAGCCCCUGGUUCAGAAGCAUAGGACGAAAUAAGAAGAGUGUUGCAAUCAAUCUACGAAAUCCGAACGGACGAGAUCUGGUGAAGCGGCUUGCCAUCAGGAGUGACGUUCUCAUCGAGAACUUCAAACCCGGGACCUUGGAGAAAUGGGACCUUGGUCCCAGCUCUUUACAUCCUCAUAACCCAGACUUGAUAUUCACUCGUGUCAGUGGGUACGGUCAAACAGGCCCAUGGGCUCCUCGGCCCGGGUAUGCGUCCGUCUGCGAAGCAGAGUCAGGAUUUCGCUACAUAAACGGCUUCCCCGAUUCCACGACAGGUGGGCUUGCAGGCCCACCGGUGCGUCCAAAUAUGAGCUUAGGCGACUCGGUUGCUGGCCUUCAUGCGGCCUUUGGCACGGUUCUUGCUCUCUUGGCGAAAGCGAAGGCGAAGGAUACUGACAAAAGACAACCAAGCGGUCGAACUGUUGAUGUCAGCAUUUUGGAAAGCAUGCUGAACCUUAUGGAAGGUAUUGUGCCCGAGUAUGAUCGCAAGAGCAAGAUAAGAGGACCUUCGGGGUCCUCAGUCACUGGUAUCGUGCCGACCAACGCGUAUCAAUGUCUUCCAUCCCCAGAAUCACCAGCAGUCCCAACCUACAUCGUAAUUGGCGCGAACGGAGACUCCAUCUACAAUCGCCUCAUGCAAGCCAUAGGGCGCCAGGAUCUUAUUGGUCCCGAUUACCAACACAAUGGACAUCGGGUGAAGAAACAACCCGAGAUCGAGGAAGCCAUAUCGCACUGGACAAGAUCUAGAAGCGCUGAGGAAGUAGUCGAAGUGAUGAACGGCGCGGGCGUCCCCGUCGGAAGGGUAUUAGGUGUGAAGGACGUGGUAGCUGCUGAACAAUUAAAGGAUAGAGGCGCUCUGGAGGAUGUGUGGGUUCCUAAGGUUGGUGGUUCUGCAAGUGUGGAUGGAUGGACGGUCAAAAUGCAAGGGACGUUCCCCGUGCUUGAAGGAUGCGAUACGCGAACGAAGUGGGCUGGACCGGAUUUGGGGCAACACACCGACGAGAUAUUGACAGAACAUCUCGGGCUAACGGCCCAAGAGCUCGAGAAGCUCAGGUCAGAUAACGUCAUUGCCUGA